GUUCCCGGUCCCGGUCCCGGUUCGGGGCCGCACCGCCCGUCCCGCAACGUCCCGCAGCUCCGGGCGUCCCCAAAGGGCACCGGGAGCACCGGGACCGCAUUGACGGGACACGUCGGUACCGGACCGGGACGGCGGGGGGGGUGGGAGGGGGGAAACGGCACCGGAGGGGCGCACAGCGGUACCGGAAAGAGCCCCUCCCGCAGCGCCCCGCGCCCGGCCUUAAAGCCGCCGCUCCCCGCCCGGUACCGACCGCCGGUACCGCACCGCCCCGCCCCGCCGCUCCGCUCCCCCCUCCCCCGACCCCCGGUACCGCACUCACCUCCGGCCCCGCACCGCCCCUCUGCUACGCGGCCGUCCGCUCCAUCGCGAUCCCCAUCGCCGGUCCCGGUCCGCCCGCACCGCCCCGCACCGCCCUCCGCCCGGAUCCUCUCCCGGGCGCUCCCGGUCGCGGCCUUAAAGGCGCAGCGGCGGUGCGGUGCGGUGCGGCCCGGUCCGGCGCGGGGGGGUCCGGUGCUGCGGGGGAGGCGCGGGCGGAGCGCUCGGUGCGGGCACACGCGCGGGAGUGACAUGGCGGGGACACGGGGACACGCGCGGCCCUUUGUGCGCGGCCCCGACGCACUCAGACCCCCCCCCCAAUGGGGACGCCCCCCCCCCUCCUCCCCUUUUUUUUUGCACGCGCACCGCCGCGCCGCUUUGCACACUCACGUCGCCCCCCCCCCUCCGCACGCGCAUCCCUUUGCACGCACACAGCGGACACCCCGAGCGUGCGCGAGCCCCCCCCCUUUGCACGCGCACUCCCCCCCUGCACACCCAUCCUUGCACGCGCGCGCGCCCUUCCGCGCACCUCUUGCACGCGCACACGCGCGUCCCCUCGCACCCCCCCCCCCCUUUGCACGCCCCAUUCACGGAUCUCUAUGUGCUCCCAACCCCCCCCCACGACCCCCCCUCUGAUCCCCCCAUCCCAAUGGGGGUCCCGCCCUCCCCCUCCCCCCCCCAUAGCACAGCGCAGAGCCCCUCCCCUCCCCCCCCCCGCGGCGCUCGGCCCCGGGGAGCGCUGAUUAAUCAUUAAUUAACGCCGCUCCGCGCGGAAGUGCCACCGCAGCGCUGGAGGGGGGGGGCGGUGUCACCGUGUCCCCGCGGGGCAACCACUGCCCCAUAGCGGCACGUGUGGGGGUGUCCCAUAGGGGAGGGGGGGGCGGAGGUGGAGCCGGACCCCGCUGGACCCAAAUCCUAUGGGGGGGCCGUGGGAUGGAGGCUAUGGGGGUCUCUGGGCGGACUCUGAUCCUAUGGGGGUCCAUGAGAUGGGCCCUAUGGGGGUCCUUGGGAUAGGCUCUGACCCUAUGGGGGUCUUUGCAUGGACCCCGAUCCUAUGGGGGUCCCUGGGAUGGACCCUAUGGGGGGGCUCUGGGCUGACCUGGACCCUAUGGGGAGGUCACUGGGAUGGAUCCUGACCCUACAGGGGUCUUUGGGAUGGACUCUGACCCUUUGGGGGGUCUCUGGGUGGACCCUGACCCUACAAGGGUCCCUGAGAUGGACCUGGACCCUAUGGGGUCUUUGGGGCUGACCAUGACCCUAUGGGGGUCUUUGGGAUGGACCCUAUGGGGGUGACUGGACUGACCGUGACCCUACAGGGGGUCUUUGGGAUGGACCCUGUGGGGGUCUCUGGACUGACCCUAUAGCGGGUCUUUGGGAUGGACCCUAUGGGGGUCUCUGAACUGACCACGACCCUAUAGAGGGUCUUUGGGGUGGACCCUCUGGGGGUCUCUGGGCCGGACCCCAACCCUAAUGAGGCCCCACUGUGCAGUGCAGCGGUGCGGGGCCAGGCCGGGUCCGGUCCAAACGGGGGGGGGGGGGAGCCCAGGGGUGACCCCCAGCACAGAGAACGGAGAGAUGGGGGCAAAGCCCCGCGUGUGGGGGGGGUUACGGACACGGACACGCGUGGGCGCUGGGGAGGGGGGGGGGGCGGGGGCGGGGACGCUCGGGACGCCCCCGGCGGCCCCGUGUGAUGCGGUGCGCGGUGCAAACGGCGGCGGCGGUGCGGCCCUUCCCCGGCGGAUCACCGCGGUCCGAUUCCGGGGGCGGGGGGGGAUCCGCCGGGUGGUACCGUCGGUACCGCCGCCCCCGGGGAUGUCCGCUCCGACGCAGCCGUCCUCACCCGGUUCGUUCCAGGUGAGCGGGGUCGGUUCGAGCCCCCGAAGGAUCCCGAAACGGAAAAGCCGCUUCAAACGGUCCGACGGCAGCACUUCGUCCGACACCACGUCCAGCGUCCUCCGGCGGCAGGGCUCGGCCGAUUCCUACACCAGCCGCCCCUCUCUGGACUCGGACGCGUCCCUGGAGGAGGACCGCGAGCGGCGCGAGGGGCAGAGCCGUGCUCAGCAGCAGCUCGAGAGGGCCAAGCACAAACCCGUCGCCUUCGCCGUGCGCACCAAUGUCAGCUACUGCGGAGCGCUGGAUGAGGAGUGCCCGUUACAGGGGGCAGCAAUUAACUUCGAGGCCAAAGAUUUCCUGCACAUUAAAGAGAAAUACAGCAAUGAUUGGUGGAUCGGGCGCUUAGUGAAGGAGGGGGGGGACAUCGCCUUCAUCCCCAGCCCGCAGCGCCUGGAGGCCGUGAGGCUCAAACAGGAGCAGAGAGCGCGGAGAGCUGGAAGCGCUCCGGGCAUUGGUGACAGCGGGAGCCGGCGAUCGCCCCCCCCUUCAUUAGCCAAACAGAAGCAGAAACAGACGCAGCACAUCCCCCCCUACGAUGUGGUGCCCUCCAUGCGCCCCGUGGUGUUGGUGGGGCCCUCCCUAAAGGGAUACGAGGUCACCGACAUGAUGCAGAAAGCGCUCUUCGAUUUCCUCAAGCACAGAUUUGACGGCAGGAUCUCCAUCACCCACAUCACGGCGGAUCUCUCCUUGGCCAAACGCUCCAUCCUCAACAACGUGGGCAAACAGGCGCUCCUCGAACGCUCGGCCGCGCGCUCCACCAUCGCGGAGGUGCAGAGUGAGAUCGAGCGCAUCUUCGAGCUGGCCAAGUCGCUGCAGCUGGUGGUGCUGGAUGCUGACACCAUCAACCACCCCGCACAGCUGGCCAAGACCUCGUUAGCACCCAUCAUCGUCUACGUCAAAGUGUCCUCCCCCAAGGUCCUCCAGCGGCUCAUCAAAUCCCGUGGCAAAUCGCAGGUGAAGCACCUCAACGUGCAGAUGAUGGCAGCGGACAAACUGGUGCAGUGCCCCCCGGAGCUGUUUGAUGUCAUCCUGGAUGAGAACCAGCUGGAGGAUGCCUGCGAGCACCUGGCUGAGUACCUGGAGGUGUACUGGCGUGCCACGCACCACCCACCCCACAGCCCCCACGCUGUGCCCUCCCCCAGCAGCCUCCCAGGGCUGCAGGGCCAGCAGCUGCUGGAGGAGCGGGGUGAGCACUCCCCCCUGGAGCACGACAGCCUGAUGCCAUCAGACGAGGCCAGCGAUCCCUCCCCCCGUGCGUGGGGGGGUCCAACCCAGCGCAGCUCACGGCACCUGGAGGAGGAGGAGGAGUACGGGGGGCCCUACCCCGACCUCUACCAACCACACCGACACCACAACUCGGGGCUGCACGGCCCCCCCUCGGCCCCCACCGCAGCACAGGAGCGGCUCCUCGAACGGGACCCCGAUAGGAACUGGCAGCGCAGCCGGCCCUGGGCCAAGGACAGCUAUUAGGGGCUGGGGGAGGGUUGGAGGGGGGGGGGCACGGCCGGGGCCCGGCCCUGCAGCUCGUCAUACCCGUGCCCCCCCCAGCUCCACGCUGGGGGUGCUCAGACAAUCUCCCUUCUCUUGGGGAACAGCGGCAGCUUCCCGGCACGCCGUCAGCCAUACUAAGCACAUGGGGGGGGGGGGGGGGGGGGGGGGUCGGCGGCCAGGAUCCCCACCCCACCCCCCCCCCUCGGCUCCGGGUGACCCCAGAGCUGCCCCACAACUCCACCCCACCUCAGCUUCCCCUGCAUUGCACGCUGCCCCAUUCCCAGCAGCAAAGGGUGCCUCCCCCCAUAGGGCAGGCGGGGGAGUGGGGGGGGCAGCUCCAGCACGAUUCCCCCCCCCCUCCC